AUGGAUGAAGCAGGAUAUGAAAUUUUUAAAGAAAAAAUUAGACAAAUAAUAUCAGGGGUCAACAAUUUAAUAAAAGAAAACAAUGUAAAAUUGGAUGAGUACGACGUUAAACUAAAAGAUGAAACAAAACAACUACAAUAUAACAAAGAAACAAAAUAUAAAGAAUUAGAUGGAAAAAUUAAUCAAGCUCAAAAAUACAUUCAAGAUAUAGAAGAUAAAAAAGAAAAUUUAAAUAGUGAUAGAAAGGUGUAUGAAGAGGUAUUGAUUCAAUUAAAUAAUGAAAUUGAAGAUUUAAAAUUCAAAAUUGAUAAUCAAACAUCAACAGUAGCUGUGUUUUUGGAUGUUUUUAAUCAUUUAUAUAAUCCAAUAGGUGCUGUUGAAUCAGAUAAAGUUAUAGAACUUACAGAUACUCUAAAUGAUUUAAUAAAGAAAGCAACAGAAAAUGAAGUAGAGGUUAGAAAAAGAGUUGGUCAAAUAUCAAGACUUGAUGACAAACAGUCACAUUUAGAUAUGGCAUUGUUGGGUUUCAAUAAUGAAAAAGCACAUCUAAUCAAAUCUAUCGAUGACAAACAAAUAGAAAUAGAAAAGAUAGGCAAUUUAAAAAGGGAAGCUGAAAGUCAAGUUAAAACAUUAGAAGUCUUUUUACAAGAAUGUAAUUUGCUAUUUGAAAAAUGCGAAACCUUUGGCCCAGCCUCAAUGGAAGAAAUAUCACAAGAAUUAAAUAUUUUAUAUCACAGUUAUAAUUUAAAUAUUUAA